GUUUUCUUACCCUUGAAGGUAUGAGCAGAGUGAAUGGGGCUGGAAGGACCGGGAGAAACGGGAUGAGAUGACAGAUGACCGUGCUUGGUACCUGAUAGCUCUGGAAGAUGGCUCCCUUCCUGUGGCUUUCUCACACUUCCGCUUUGAUGUGGAAUGUGGGGACGAGGUACUUUAUUGUUACGAAGUGCAGCUGGAAAACAAAGUGAGAAGGAAAGGCUUGGGCAAAUUUCUUAUACAGAUACUUCAGCUUGUGGCAAAUGGCACACAGAUGAAGAAAGUCAUGUUAACAGUAUUUAAACACAACCAUGGGGCCUACCAGUUCUUCAGAGAAGCUUUACAGUUUGACAUUGACGAUACCUCACCUAGCAUGUCUGGCUGCUGCGGGGAUGACUGCUCCUACGAAAUCCUCAGCAGAAGAACGAAAUUUGGCGAGAGCCAGCACACUCACCUGAGUAGUCACUGUGGUGGCUGCUGCCAUUGAGUUUGCCCUUCACUCUGCAAAAGAACCUAACUCUUUUUUUCCCAGAUGAGCCCUGCCUUUUGAUUGCCACCCCCACAGUCUUCCCAUUUCUUUGCUGUGCUCCCGAGCCAUCCUAAAUCUUGGGAUGAGAGAGAUCUUCCUCCAUAUGGGAGGUUCUGGAAACUGAACUCAAGCCUAACUUGAACCUGGUUUACCCAUGGCCUUAACCUGAAGGUAUGAAUCCAGUCGGCUGUUUUCCUCCCCUGCAAUAAGGAGAUAGGUUCUUGCUUCAAGCAAAUGACAAAAAGGAACUUAAUGGUCGAAGAAGAAUUAGCUUUUUUUGGUCAAUGUUAUUUGAAGUGGCCAUUUUGGAUAUUUCACGUUUCUUCAUCGACAUUGAAAGUGUACUCUCUUUUUUGGUUUUGAUGGAUCGGUGAAAUUUUUGAGACUGCAGGAAUUCCCUGUUUGGCAAACUGUGUUUGGAUCCCUAUUUGGAAAGUUAAGAAGACCUUGUCCUGUUUGGAUUUUACCUGUGCUUGCAUGACAACCAGCUCUUUGUAUGGUCUCUGAAAUUUCAGAUUGGACACUUUUGGACAGCGGCUAAACCAAUAUCUUUCUUGGUGUAUGUUGCCCAUAAUACAUUUCGUUUAAUAUGGCAUAUUGCUUUAGCAACCUUUGCACUUCCAUUUCGUGUUCAUGUGAAUGGAUCUUUUCCCUCAAAGAAACGAAAAAUGUGAGUGUCAAGGAACGAUGGCGGAACCUGUCUACUUCAAAUAUUUAUUUUCCCUCUCCUGGUCUCCAAAUCGGGCAUGCUUAAUAAUGGAUGUUUUAAGUUAAUUUACAGUGUCUACUUCUGUGUAUUAGCGUAUUUUUUUUUCUUCUUCCUUGGUUACCCUAUUUGGAUUUUUUUUUUCAUUUUUUUAGAAUACCUUUUAAAAUAAUUACUUUUCUUAGCAAGUAUUUUCACUGGAAUAAAAGGGAACAACUUGACUUUUUAAACAAUAUUUGUUUUAUUUGUAUGGUCAAAAAUAAACUUUUUGUUCAGUCUUUA